AUGGAGCUUAGAAAUCAAACUCUUAUUAACCAUUUCAUCUUCAUUGGGUUUUCUCAGAACUUGAAGACUUGUGUUUUGCUUUUUGUGUUAUUUUUUAUCAUCUAUAUAUUGACGGUCCUGGGGAACAGCUUCCUGAUCUUCACCAUUAUCGUCAGUCCUAAGUUACACACUCCUAUGUAUUAUUUCCUAUGUAAUUUGUCUUUUGUAGAUUUAUUCUACUCAUCAUCCACUGUUCCAAAGCUUCUUUUUGAUCAAUUUUCAAAGACUAGAAGGAUCCCGCUCAUUGGUUGUCUCAUACAAAUGAAUAUUGGUCUAUUUCUAGGAGGAACUGAAUGCAUCCUGCUGGCGGUGAUGGCCUAUGACCGGUAUAUCGCUAUAUGCUUCCCUUUAUAUUACACCACCAUUAUGAGCUGGAGGGUCUGUAGAUGGAUCUCUAUUAUUAUGUGCGUAGGAACUUUCAUUUUAUCAUCUGUUCCCACUAUGGUAAAACCUCUUAUAUUCUGCAAAGGAAACACAUUGGACCAUUUUGUUUGUGAGAUCUUGGCCCUUCUGGAGGUGGCGUGUGGUGACCUCUCCUUUUAUAAGAUAACUAUAGUUGCUAUCGGGUUUUUCACAAUAUUGUCACCAAUUGUCCUCAUUGUUGUGUCUUAUAUUUGUAUUAUUGAUUCUAUAUUAAAAAUCCGAUCAGUAGAAGGAAGAACCAAGGCUUUUUCCACCUGCGCCUCCCACCUCACUGUGGUGUUGAUAUUUUUUCUUACAACUAUGACCAUGUACAUGGGGCAGAAAAGGAGCUUCUCAUCUUAUCUCAAGUAUAUUUCCCUGAUGUAUACCGUCUUAACUCCCGUAUUAAAUCCAGUGAUCUACAGCCUGAGGAACAAUGAUGUGAAAAGAGCCUUUCGGAAAAUCCUGACGGCAGGUUCUAUGACACAUACAAUGUCCUAG